AUGCCGUCCGUAAGGAGUAAAGAGGAGUUUUACAAAGAUAAUGUCCUAGGAAGUGUUCAGAGCGACCCCUCUGGUGAUGUGGAGCAGCCGUGGGCAUUGACACAACGGGGAUUCGACACUUCGUGCGAAUCCAUUACAGCAGAAACUAUGCAACAGGUGCCAACCGAGGAACGCGACGUGCUAGUGGCGCACCAUGCGGAUCAUGGUAGUACUGCUGAUGAGUCGGCUGAGGAGAUUUCAUCCACCGAGUCGUCUGAGGCUGAAGAAAACGUACAACCUCCGGACGUCGAAGUGUCAUCAAGCCCCGCGGAACAGAAAAUGCAGGAUCAUGACUUGAUGAAUGCAGCAGAACCGAAAUCAGGCAAACCCAAGAAAGAAGAGAGUGUCACUGCAGAAGAAAUGGAAGAGUAUGAAGCGAACGAGUCAGCUAUCCAUCCGGUCAGUUCAGAAGAACCAAAUGUGGGCGGAACGAAGGAAGGAGAGAAUGGAAGUGCGGACGAAAGUGAAAACGAUGACGCGGAGAGUGAGUCAACCAACAGUUCAGCGAGUACAGAUGACUUCAAAACAGACGAAGAGAAGGAAGAAGAAAGCGCAAUCUCCUACGGAUUGGAAGACGGCGAACAGGCAGAGUCAGCCAUCCAUCUGACCACUACAGAAGACGGUGAGUCUAUUCUCUGUCUACAUGUUACAAACAUCACGAAGAUAGACACUGGCACUGACAGAGACCAGAGCGAACAGGGAGAGAAACAGGCUAAACGUGAAAUUGCAAAACUCGAAGGUCAAGUUGAACACACAGACGCACCGCAGGAAGAAAGAGAAGGGAAACAAGGGGACAACACAGAAGAUAGGCCUGGGGAAGAAAAUGUCAACGAGAGUGAUGAACUUGACAACAUCCUUGAGGGGCUCCUGAGAGAUACUGCAAUAGUUGAAGACGACAAAGUUGCGACAGCGCCUCAGAAGACAUUGUUAGUAGAAGCGAACGGUCGACAAGACGCGGCGGAGAGGAGAGAAGAUGGCGUCAAGGACAGACAGGAGAGAGCGGCACAGCAGGCAGAGAUGAGAGUAGUAAACCUGCUGAAGAGGCAGCUGAACCUACCCCAGAAGCUGCCCCAGAACCAGCUGAAACUGCUCCUGAACCAGCUGAAACUGCCCCUGAACCAGCUGAAACUGCCCCUGAACCAGCUGAAACUGCCCCUGAACCGGCUGAAACUGCUCCUGAACCGGCUGAAACUGCCCCAGAGGAAGCACCAGCUGCAGAAGAACCCAAGCCAGAGGAAGCACCUGCUCAGGAGGAGACCCCAGCUGAAGAGCCUGCUGCAGAGGCACCUGCAGCAGAUGCACCUGCAGAAGAAACACCUGCACCUGCAGAAGAUGCACCUGCAGAAGAUGCACCUGCAGAAGAAGCACCCGCAUCUGCGGAAACAGGUGAAGCAGAGAAGCCUGCAGAAUCUACAGAGACGCCUGCUGAGGCUCAGGAAGAAGCACCUGCAGCUGAAGAGCCUGCAGCAGAAGCACCUGCAGCAGAAGCACCUGCAGAAGAAGCAGCUGAAGCCACACCAGAGGACAAACCAGCAGAAGCCACCGAGGAAAAACCCACAGACGCUCCUGCUGCUGAAUAAAGCCCUGAGCAAGCAGUUUGAUUGGUUACUUCUCAACACAACAUCAACAUGUCCGUCCAGAAGAUUCCACUUGUGUGUCAGAGAGAGGGGUGCAGGGUUGAAUAGAGCACACACAUCUAAACAUCGCCACCAUGUCCAGUAUUCUUUUGACAUUUUCAACAUGCUCAACAUAUCUAAAACGUUUGUGCUGACAGGGAAAUAAUGAUUACAAUGUAUUGUUUAAUUUUGACAUUGUACAGUAUAUGUCACACAGCCCGUUUUGUCAAGUAAAGACUUGAACAGUAUUGUAUAAAGUGUACACUGUUUGCAUAUAUCUAUUUUAUAUAUAUACAUAUGUUUUUAAGUGUUCACAACUACAGUAGUAAUGUAUUUGUUGCAUACGGGUUGAUAAUAUUCAUGCCCAACAAAAUGCAAUAUCACUUCAAAUAUGUGACACAAAUUUGGAUCAUUUCAGAAAGUAAAAUGACAGUUUUGUUUUUUUCACUUGAGGAUCUUUAUGAUUUAAUGUGAAGUUGAACCAAAUCAGCAAUGUGUAUGUGUGCCAUGUCUUCCAAGACCAAAUUAACUUUAAAAAUGGCCUGGUUUAUUCUGAAGUAAACAGGAGGACUUUUGUCAAAGAUGACAUCCUAACUUAAAAUUGCCCAAGCGAAGGAGCUAAUGUAUGCCCCGUCCAAAGUACGCCUGUGAUAAGUGUAAAUAAGAGAUAGAUUUCCAAACUGUACUAGAGAAAAUGCGACAAGAGGUCGAUUUUAAGCCACAGUAAAAAAGAAUUAUUUUGAAAUGUCUUUGAAAAGUGUAUAACCUUUGCAGUGAACAUUUGUAUAGUACGAAACUUUUUAAACAUGCUGUACAUGUAUGUUUUCUUUUUCUCACCAUAUUCUCUUAAUGGACUCAAAAGUAUGUGUAAACAAACGUGUAAAAAUGACUGCAUAUAUCAGUAUUGAAGUAGUUGUGUACUACUGUUGUCAUUUUUCACUAGCUUGGGGUUUUAUGCGCAGUGGAAGUGUUACUCAAUGGAGACAAUAAACAAAUAUAUUGUGCAUUUUUAA